AUGAGUGCACAUUCUGAGCCGACAUCUCUCCCUGAAGCACCUCUCAGUGUCGUUGACUGGGGUCGACUCAAGUGCAAUGAUGCCAGUGAGAGAGACAAACUUGUCGCGGCGUGUGAGGGCCAAGGUUUCUUCUAUCUGGAUCUGAGCUGCGAUGAGACUUUUUUGAAGGAUUGGCAAGCCGUCCUUGACUUCAUGGCAAGAUACUUUCAUCAGGAUGUAGCAGAGAAAAUGAAGGAUGAUCGCAAGAGCGACACCCAUGGUUAUGAGCCCGUUGCAACCUCAACUGGCGCAGACGGAAAUCACCUCGACUACUACGAGUCCCUCAAGGCCUCCAGAAAUGAGUUACUGGGACAAGACAGCAACCUUGCGCCCUCAGUCAAAGAAAACCACGAGCUCUUUCUCCGCUUCACCGACGCCGCGCAGCAUGUAUGCAUGAGCAUCCUCCGCCAGCUGGACGUUUGUCUCAACAGCGACAAACCCUCCAAGCUGGUCGACUUUCAUCGAGAAGGCAAACGAUCCCUCACAACCCUUUCCAUGUUCCGCUACCCCAAGCAGGACACCCUCGCUCUCGGCGUCGGCCACAACAAGCACACCGACAUCGGCACCUUGACUUUCCUCCUCUGCCAGCAAUGGGGACUUCAGGUGCUGUCUAGAGAGCCCGCCGGAUGGAGAUUCGUCGCUCCCAAGCCACACCAUGCCAUCAUCAAUGUCGGUGAUACUUUGCGCUUCCUCUCUGGUAACCGCCUCCGGUCGGCAGUUCACAAGGUUAUUCCCACCCGUGGGCUGCAGCACGAAGACCGGUACAGCAUUGCCUACUUCUUACGAGCCGAGGACAACAUUCAGUUCACCGACAGCACUGGGCGCCACGUCUCGGCAAAGCAAUGGCACGAUGAAAAGUUUGAUGUGUUUAGGGAGACGCAUGAGGAGCAGGAGAAGAUGCCCAUUUUGACAGGCGGUAUGGAACGCAUGGAAAGCAUUGUAGUUUAG